AUGUAUGUAAGCUAUAAAAAGAAUGAUGGUACACAAGUUAAAGUUCCAUUAGACAACAACUGCUCAUUAAACUUAUAUGGAGACGAACAAAAGAAAUAUUUAAGAGUUUAUGAAAUGGCAGAUAUGACAUUGCCUGACCCAGCUCCAGCACCAUAUUAUUAUGACUAUGGAGAUGACGACAGAACACCACAUGUAGAUGAACAAAAGCUAACAUUAUAUUUAGAUUAUUAUAGAUAUAAAAGAUAUAAUGCAAUAGAAAAAACGAGAAUAGUAUAUUAUUAUACAGAUGACAGAAAUAAAUAUUAUAGUCAAGAUUUUACCUACCCUGAAAACAUAAGAUUAUAUUAUAAAAAAUAUUCUGACACAAACCAGAAGAAACCUGAAAUAGUUGCACUAUAUUUUAAGUUCAAAAGAGACAAUCCUAUAAUAUCUCAUAUGUUUGAUUUAAUGAACCCAGUAGGUUCUAUUUAUACAUCUAUGGAAGCAAGAGGUCCUCAAGUAAUGUUUGGUGUUGGUGCAUGGGAACAAAUAGUCGACAGUUUUUUGUAUUGUGCAAACUCUUCAAAGGAAACAGGUGGAAGUAAAACGAUUUCAGGUGAAAAUUUACCUGCACACAGUCACUACAUAGAUUUAAGUACAUCUCAAGCAGGUUGGCAUAAGCAUAGAUAUUGGGAUUGGUCAGGAAUGACAAAAGGUAAAGGAUAUGAUGUUAAAGACGACGUUAAGUUUGCUAUAAAUUGUUACUGGAGUGACACUCAGGGAGAAGGAAACCAUACACAUUUCGUUUCAGGAUAUACACAAACAACGGGACAAAGUAAAGAAUACAUGCCACCUUACAUGACAGUUUACGCAUGGUAUAGAAUUGCUUAG